AUGAUAAGAAAUAAAUUUGGAUCCAAAAAUCAUAAAAAGGCAGUUUAUAUAAGACAAAGAUUUUCUUCUAAUUCAUUUAAUUCUUUAGCACAAUCUCAUAAUAGCUCUUUAUUAGUAAACAAAGAAAAACCAAGUUCUCUUGAAGAUUUAAGUUUUUCUAAUAAAACUAUUAGUGAAACUUCUGAUUAUAUCGAAAAUUUACAGCCAUAUAAAGAGUUAGACAAGGAUUCAAGUUUUCUUGAAGCCUCUUAUUUUUCUGAAGAAUUAACUAAUACGAAUUCAAAUUUUUCUGAUGAUUCAUUUUUCUCUGAUGAGACUAGUGAAAAUUUAGAAAAUUCUUGUCAUUUAAACUAUUCAACUAGUGAAGAUUCUAGAUUUUUUGAUGAGAUUGCAGAAUCUCCCUUGUUUGGUCAAGAAUCAAUUACUAUUAAUGAAGAAAUAUUUUAUACGGGCGAUUUCAGUUACUAUCAAGAUAAUAUUAAGCAACUAGGACAAAUUAGAGCAAUUAUUUUAUUAGAUAAUAUCUUAAAACUAAAGAUUCAAAAAACAAUCGAAUAUCAUGAACUUCCUAAGAAUCUUUAUAGUAAAGAUAGACAAUUUCGUGCUCAGUCAGAUGAAGUAUAG